AUGCUGAAUUGCAAAAGUGCAUUAGUUACGGGAGGUACUGGAGCAAUCGGUGGAGCUAUUUGUGAGGAACUUCUCAAGAAUGGUGUAACAAAUCUCGCAGCCAUCGAUAUUAGCCCGGAAGAACCUGCAGUUGUGGCUAAAUGGCGGAAAAGCUUCCCAGAAGCUUCAAUUCGUUACUUCCAAGUGGAUGUGAGCUCAGAGAAAGAACUAUUGAAGUGCUAUGCUAACUUUACAAAGGACAUCUCCAGCUUAGACGUGGUUGUCAACUGCGCUGGGGUAUUCAAUGAAUAAACACCCAAAAAGGUCGUUGAUGUAAAUCUAACUGGAGUUAUUUUGUCCUCAAUUAUUGCAAUUGAGUACAUGAGAAAGGACACCGGACUAGGAAAAGGUGGUGUGAUCCUGAAUAUUGCUUCAACUACUGGCCUGGAUCUCUUCAGCACCCUCCCAACUUACACCGCCACUAAGCACGGGGUCAUAGCCUUUACUCGUUCAGUGUCUCACGACCGGGACUAUCUUGGAAUUAAAUUUUUGACCCUCUGCCCAGGAUGCACCGAUACGAAACUCUAUGCCAACGUUUUCAAAUUUAGUUUUUUAACAACAAAAGAAAAGGAUUCAACUCACUCGAACAAUUUUGCAGUACAGAGCCCUGAAGUCGUUGGAAAAGCAUCCAUUGAGUAUAUUUUGGAGGGGAAGACCGGAAGUGUUUGGAUUAUUGAAGACAAUGAAAUUCAGGAGGCUCCAGUAACUACAAUAAGAUUCUAA